AUGGGCGAUCCCUCUACAUUGUUGUGUAUUCAGUGUAUCAUAAACCACGCUACUAUAACGGAUAUAAUUAUAUCAGUAGGAGACUUCAAUCUUCCUAACUUGAAAUGGCAGUUCGAUGAGGCUACAAACGGUUAUAUUCCACCUAACGUAACCUCCGUACAUGAACAAAUUCUUGUGGAAACAAUGUUCACUAUUAGUUUGCGUCAAAUUAACAGUUUCGUUAAUUGUAAUGGUAGAUUGCUGGACCUGGCAUUCGUCAAUUUACCAGAGCAUCUUGACCUGGUACUUCCUCCGUCUUCACUGCUACCGGUAGACAAUCAUCAUGUGCCGCUUAUUUUAUUAAUCGACAAGUGCUGUGACGCGUCUCCUCUACAAGACGUCCGAGACGAUGAGCGCAAUUUCAACUUUCGGACAUGUGAUUUCAGUAUACUGAACAACGUACUUGGUGAUGUCGACUGGGAAGUGCUACUGCAGGAUGGAUCAUUAGACGAGAUAGUGGCGACGUUCUACGACAAACUGCAGAGAACAAUUAACGAUCAUGUACCUAGAAGAAGACCAUCGUCUAGCUCAAGUUUCAACAAACCAUGGUGGACACCGGACUUGCGCAAUAUGCGCAACAACCUCAGAAAAUUCCGCAAACGGUUUUUUCUGUCACGAUCUGACGACGACAGAGGUAAUCUUCGUCAAUUGGAAGCAUCCUACAAAGUAUUACUCCAAUCAACCUACGAGAAUAAUAUGUCAAGGAUCCAAGCAAGUGUUAAGCAAGAUCCCUCACGUUUCUGGGAUUUCGUCAAGCAACGAAAUUCAAAUAACCGAAUCCCACAUAACGUCAGCUACGAUGGAGUGAAUGCUCACAACAACACAGAAGCAGCGGACCUCUUCGCUACGUUCUUUGAAAGUGUAUUCAGCAAAGGAUCCCCGGUACAACGCCAUGAUUGUUACGCUCAUCUGCCGUCUUAUGAUAUCGACCUUCCUGAUCAUUUUUCCACAUCCGAAGUUCUAAAGGCUCUUGAGGAUCUAGACGUUAAGAAAGGUUCUGGUUCGGAUGGCAUUCCGCCAUUGCUCUAG